AUGCACGACAAGGCCCAACCGCCAGCGCCGGAGUUAUCCCCGUCGGACACAGAAUCCGAAAUGAGCUCCCAAGCCCUAACGGAUAGAGCAGAGGCCCCUCUCACUCGCAGGGACAUGAGAGGAUUUCGCAGCUCGGUGGCAGAGGAGCUGGACAAACGCCUCAGCCCCAUUAUGGAGAAUAUGGCGGACCUCACAGCCCGCGCGCAAGAAGUAGAGGACAAUAUGGCGGAGGUGCAAGACAGCGUGCACACACACGAGGGGGCACUGAAAGACCUCCGUGACCAGCUGCGCGCCCUAGAAGAUGCAAAUGAGGAUCUCCGUAAUAGAACCUGCCAAAACAACAUUAGAGUGCGGGGAAUCCCGGAGGCAGUUACCGUGGAGUUACUCCCAGACACUCUGCAAAAUGUUUUUACACAGCUCCUGCCAGAGGCCACAGCAGCUGAGCUCCUCAUGGAUAGAGCACACAGAGCAUUGAGGGCUCCAUCUGCGGCAACCACUACCCUCAGGGAUGUCAUUGUGCAGAUGCAUUUUUACCACAUUAAGGAUCGCCUAAUGAAAGCGGCCAGGGAGACCCCCUGGAGGUGGAAAGAGCGCAGAUCCAAUUCUAUCAAGACCUGGCGCCAGCUACCCUCAAGAGACGCCGGGAUCUCCGGCCACUGA